AACAACAUGUGAAGAAGGAGGCUGUACAGCUGGAUUCUGACUUGGAUCGCAAGAGACGAGAAACUGAGGCACUCCUCCAAAGCAUUGGAAUAUCACCAGAGCCACCACUAGUCCCAACCCCCAUGUCUCCUUCCUCGAAAUCGGAGAGCACACCUAGCGAAGCUGAAAGCCAGGAUUCUGGAGAUGGGGCUCAAGGUGGAAGGACGCUACAGUGGGACACAGACCCUUCAGUGCUUCAGCUACAGACAGACUCUGAACUUGGUCGUAGAAUGCAUAGGCUGGGAGUUUCCAAGAUUACCCAAGUCAACUGCUUGCCACGGGAAGUUGUGAGUUACAACAAGGAGACCCAGACACCUGUUGCAGCUCACCAGUCUGAAGAAGAUGAAGAAGAUGAAGAGAUGGCUGAAACUAAACCAGAUCCAGAUUCCGAUCCAGAAGAUAUGGAACAAAUCAAACUAUCAAAAGAAGUCCCACCACGAGAACUUACUGAAGAGGAAAAACAGCAGGUUCUUCAUUCUGAAGAGCUUCAGAUAUUUUUUGACCACACCAUACGGAUAAUGGAACGAGCUCUAGCUGAAGAAUCUGAUAUAUUUUUUGAUUACAGUGGGAGAGAUCUGGAAGAAAAGGAUGGGGAAGUUCAAGCUGGAGCAAACCUUUCAUUCAAUCGUCAAUUCUAUGAUGAGCAUUGGUCAAAGCAUCGUGUUGUUACUUGUUUGGAUUGGUCAAUACAAUACCCUGAACUGAUGGUGGCUUCGUACAACAACAAUGAAGAUGCACCUCAUGAGCCCGAUGGAGUGGCCUUGGUCUGGAAUUUGAAGUUUAAGAAAACAACCCCAGAAUAUGUGUUUCAUUGUCAGGUAAAUAUGAAACUUUUGAGUACUACUGUUUACAUAAACACACUGUUUUAA